AUGCUUCCUGAGUUUUUGGCGAAGAGAUCUCCCCAUGGAACUCCUUUAAUUGGGAUUCUCUUCUCAGCUUCUGGUGUGAUUUUACUUUCAUGGUUGAGCUUUCAGGAGAUAGUAGCUAAUUCACCAUCUCUGCUACCAAGUCCUACUUAUAACUAUAUAUUUGUAUCCUAUCCUGAAAAAGUAUACUUCACGUAUGAGCUCAAAGACAGCUCUGUCAUUGCAAGGGUAGUGAUGCAACUAAAUGGGUUUCUAGAGCUUUCAACAUGCAACAAUCAAACUCAGAAUGGGGAUAACUUUGGUAACGCACCAGCAGACAACUGUGAUAUUUAUGGCCAGUGUCCCCCAUACACUAAUCAUACUCAAACCAUACAGUAUUCAUACACUAAAUCAUACACUUUGCAGAGAAAAUGUAAGAUUUAA